GAUAUUUCAGUUAUUACAACUAGUAUUUUGAUAAAGUAUGAUCCUUUAAUCUUUGUCUGUUUCACAGUUAUAUUACUCUCUGUGAUCUAUUUGAUAUGGCGGCUGGGUAACCCACCAAAAGAGGAGCCUUCUUUAGAGGGCAAACACGUUCUCAUCACUGGUGCUUCAUCAGGAAUUGGAAAGGCCCUUGCUGUCGAAAUUCUUGCCCGCUCUCCCUCCCGAAUGACCCUAGUGGCAAGGAAUGCUAAACUACUGGCUGAAACUCGAGAUUCCCUUAUUCAACUCCAUAGUAAUGUGAACACUGAUAUCGAAAUCCUUUCCCUGGAUAUCACCCUCCCCUAUGAUGAGAUCGUGAAGUCACUGGAGGCUAACAAUGUUGGUGUAGUCGACAUUCUGAUCAACUGCGCUGGCACCUCAGUAGCUCGCACAUUUGAGGACACACCUCCAAGAGUCCUUGAGGAUAUGAUUCGAAUCAACUACAUGGGUGCUGUCAAUUUGACAAAAGCCCUUCUACCCGAUAUGCUUCGACCUGCUCUCGCUGUCGACAAAAAUGGCGAAGGUGACAAAGUUAUCUAUCCACAUGAGCGACGUAUUGCCUUCUUUUCUUCACCGGCGGCUCAGCUGCCAAUCUAUGGGUUCUCUGCUUACUCUGCUUCGAAAGCAGCUCUUUCAGCUUUUGCAAAUACUAUUCAACAGGAGCUGGAAGAUGAUGGAAUAAUGGUCACAGUUGUAUAUCCACCUGAUACCGAUACUCCAGGAUUUUGUGUGAGUCAAAAUUUUCCUUUUUUACCCAUUUGGUUGCGUACUUUUCUAAUCAGAUCAGCUGAUAUAAGAUACGACCAACAGGUUUUUUUGCUCUCCGUCAAGGGAACGUGUUAA